AUGGCCGCGACUCUUGCGAAACACGGUGACACCCCUCCAUUCGCUGAUCACAAAGAUCUGCACAGUGUCAUAGAUGCGACAGAACUUGGUGAUGUCCCCUGGCAAUGUUUCUCCGUUCAAUACUCGGGAGAACGGCCCGAGGUUGUCCCACCGUGGAUGGACGAUGAAUUCGAGGUCUGGUAUAGGGACCCCCGUGCAAUGGCGCGCAACAUACUUGCUAACCCUUCCUUCAAGGACGAGAUCGACUAUGUACCAUUUCGUGAAUAUGAUGUAUCGGACGAUACGCGCCGAUGGAAAGACUUCAUGUCUGGAGACUGGGUAUGGCAACAGGCAGACAUCAUAUCGAAAGAUCCAGAAACGCACGGAUCUGCUUUGGUCCCAAUCAUUCUCGGUAGUGACAAGACUACCGUCUCUGUGGGCACUGGGAACAAUGAAUAUUAUCCCCUCUAUGCCUCAAUCGGUAACGUACGCAACAAUGUGCGACGUGCGCACCGCGAUGCUCUUGUCAUUAUUGGUUUCCUUGCCAUACCCAAAACUGACAGGAAGCAUUCUAAAGACGACACAUUUCGUAUAUUUCGCCGCCAGCUAUUCCACAGCUCGCUAUCUACGAUUCUCUCCAGCCUAAAACCUGUUAUGACCGAGUAUGAGGUCGUGCGCUGUGGAGACGAUCAUUUCCGGCGCGUGAUAUAUAGUCUAGGACCCUACAUAGCGGAUUACGAGGAACAACUUGUACUAUCCUGUAUUGUUAAACAUUGGUGCCCGAAAUGCAUUGCAAUUCGCACAGACCUUGAUGGUGGUGGCGUGAACCGCUGUCGCGAGCAUACUGAUUUCUUGAUCGAAGAACUCCACGGGGAUAUAUUGUGGGAUGAAUAUGGUCUCAUUGCUGAUCUCGUUCCAUUCACUAACGACUUCCCCCGAGCCGACAUUCAUGAGUUGCUGUCGUUUGAUCUCCUCCACCAGCUUAUCAAAGGGGCCUUCAAAGACCAUCUCGUCGACUGGGUACCAAAGUACCUCAAGGCCGUGCACGGAACCAGACGGUCAGAGGAGAUCAUGAGUGACAUAGAUCGCAGAGUUGCAGCUGUAGCAUCAUUCUCUGGUCUACGACAAUUUCCUCAAGGCCGCGACUUUAAACAGUGGACGGGCGACGAUUCUAAAGCGCUCAUGAAGGUAUUUCUUCCGGCCAUCGAGGGUCACGUACCUGAAGACAUGGUGCGCGCGUUUCGCGCAUUGUUAGAAUUCUGCUAUCUUGUCCGGCGCAACAUCAUUACCGAAGAUACCUUGAAUCAGGUUCAAGCUGCCCUUCGUCGUUUUCAUCAAUAUCGCAAGGUAUUCGAUAUCGUCAUUCCUACCUUCUCACUCCCCCGUCAGCACUCAAUGACUCAUUACGCGGACAUGAUCCGACUCUUCGGUGCCCCGAACGGACUCUGCUCAUCAAUUACAGAAUCAAAACAUAUCAAAGCGGUAAAGGAGCCUUGGCGGUGGUCGAGCAGGCACAAUGCUCUUGGUCAGAUGCUUGUGACCAAUCAGUGCCUUGAUAAGCUCGCAGCAUCCCGUGUGGACUUUGAUGCGCGAGGGAUGCUCACCGGCACUAUUUUGUCAAUAGCAGCAUUGGCACAUGAAGUCGCUGUUCCUGAUCUGCGGUACCUCAUCAGGUACUUUCUGUUCUCUCAGCUCAACCCGAAUGAUGCCCGCAACCCCAAAGAUAUCCCAGCUGCUAGCUUGCCUCGACACGAAGGCAAGCUUCAGGUCUUCAAUUCUGCUGCCGCAACGUUUUAUGCUCCCAGUGAUCCAAGUGGUAUUGGUGGCAUGCGACGCGAACACAUCCGUGCAUGUCCACUCUGGCGGAACGAGUACCCGCGCUAUGAUUGCGUGUUCAUCAACACUGACUCGGAUUCAGAUAUCGAAGGGAUGCGAGGACUCGAAGUUGCGAGAGUCGUCUGUUUCUUUUCUUUCAGCCACAAUUGGGAAGUGUAUCCAUGCGCUCUCAUACAAUGGUUUGAGAAGAUCGGUGAUUGCCCCAAUGAAAAUACUGGCAUGUGGAUGGUUGCUCCAAGUUUUCACGAGGAUGGCUCCAGGGACCUUGCCGUUAUUCAUGUCGAGACGGUCUUCCGUGCAGCGCACCUGAUACCUAUCUACGGUUCUGAAUACAUUCCUCACUCCCUCAAGUUUUGCCAAUCUCUUGACGUUUUCCGCUCAUUUUAUGUCAAUAAGUAUGCCGAUCACCAUGCCUUUGAGAUAGCGUUCUGA